AUGUCCGACGCUCCUCAAGGUAAGGUGUUUGUUAGGAACUACUGUGUCAAGGACUUUUAUGCAUACCAUACGACUGCAUUUGACGAUCCUAAUCCUGAGAAUGGAAUUGCACUCAAAGCCGGGCAUGAAAUAUCUUUUCCUGUCAUCAUUCCCGAGAGGGGCUGUCAGUGUGGAACAAGUAUAAAGCUCUUCGAAGCCCAGACAAAAUCGGGCAAGCAAACCCAAAUGGAGUAUAGCAUACGUGAUGUCGGCGAUCGGAAAGACUGGUUUAUAAGCUAUGACAUCUCUUUCGUGGAUUGUGCAACAAGUACUCCUGGCGUCGUUGAUACCUUUUUCAAAAAUCAUACUGGUCAAGGGUGUCCUGGAUGGGACGAGGGCGUCAAGGUCUACGGAACUAAUGGUCGCGAAUGUGGUGCGAUGCAAUGCUCCAAGAGCAAGUUCUGUCCAUGGGAUGCAUACUUUGAACCUGAGCCAGCCAAAGGCACAGAGAACCCGUAUCAGCCUGUACGCCAAUGCGCAGCCGGAUCGAUCGAUGCUGACAUCCAUUUUGUUUUGUGCUCCGGCACCACAUCCGACGGCGGUGAUCCGGCCAUCCCCGGCUACCGAGCACCUUCACCGGAUGACGGACCGAACGCUACGCCGCAGCAUUUCUCUGCUUCAUCUCCCUCUCCCUCUCCGUCACUUGCCAGCUUGGUGCACCAGGGCACAUCGCCUCUGUACAGCCCGGCAGACGAUGGCGUCACGACACGUUAUGCGGCUGCUCCAGCUAUAGUGACGAUUGCGGUCACCGGGACUGCCCUACUCUCUGAGGAUAAUCUUGCUAAGAUCUUCAUAGCUUAG